UUUUAUAUGUGAUUGUUUUGUUACUUAUUAUAUUGUGGCAGUUGAGUGUAUUUAGGAUCUGAAGUUGAACCACGGCUUGUUGAACGUGACAGAAUCAUGUCUUUGUUAUAAUAAUGUCUUUGUUAUGAUGUUGGAUGAGAAGAACAGGCUCACUGUCACCUCGACCAGCUUCAGCUUCAGCUCAGGAGCUCUGAUAGAUGUUCGCUCUGAAGAGCUUCUGAGGGGAAAAACAGCUGAUCAGUUUGUUGUUUGUUAAUUUUUAAUACUGUUUUAGCUCAGGUUAGUUACCUCAUGAUGAAGGUUAUGAUUUCUUUGACCUUUGACCCACCUACAACAUCAGUAAAGGUCGGUCAGUUUCAUUUAUAACCAACAGAAAAUCCAAACUCCGGUCUGUCCACCUUUAACUGUAUCCUGCUGUAAUUAUGAACAGAUCGUUGAGGCUUCGGUCACAGAAACUCCUCGACAGCUUCAUUCCUCUCCACAGAACCUCUCUGCCUGUGGCCUCCUCAUUUCCUGGUGUGGGGCAGGAUCGGGUGUCAACCACCACUUUUGUGCAGAUGUGGGACCGACAUUACACUGUUGGUCAGACCCACAAUGACUGUGUGCUGUCUAAGUGGACUCAGUGGCUCACAUGGUCACCCUGAGGCCUCGGCCUCUCUGAAGUCACGCCAGGCCGUCUUGUCCUAAAUUGAGUAAAACCGUUAAAUCUUUGCAGCUUUUGUAAAUGUGAGGGGAACUUUAGAGAUCGGUCCAAAAGUGUGUCAGAAAUACAGUCCUCCAGUGUCUAAAGGGGGGUCUCCAAAAGCCUAAAGAGACCAGAGACUCCUCCACAGUGGACAGCUGAGACCACAGAGGGCAGGAUGAGGAGAGGGAGUCCUGAGUCCUGACAGAGACCUGGACUACACGUAUACAGAUCUUUAUUUAUCAGGAUAUUUUUGUCCUCCCGUCUAAAUAAAUGUAUCUGUCACACGUGUUAGUUCUCAGAAAUAUCUGCGUCCACACGAAGCCUUCAAACUCAAUCCUAUCUGGUGCCGCUUAAAAAAAAUUCAGGAACAAAGCUACCUGAUUGGCUGAUGAAUCGUAACAGCGUGACGCGUCAUGCAUUGUUUGCGGAAGCUACGCUCGUGCGUCGGGUCCGUGUGACGGUGUGGCGGCUAUAACAGAGCAGACGCGUCUGUGAGCUGCUGACUGUGGAUGUAAUUGUAUAAAACAAGGUUCACUGUCAAGGCAGAGAUUAGCCCCAAAAGGACAAAACAAACGUAAAGAAUAAUCUGUCUGUCCGCCAUCUUUGUUGUUGUUUUUCUUUUUAAUUCACAUGCGCGAGCUGCGGUUUGACGUCAUCGAUCCGUAAAAGUUCAACCACAUGAAUCCACUUAAACGGACAUUUUUUUAUUUCUCCACUUGUUUUUUCAGGUUCAGAUUUAUCCGGUUUGUUUGUUCCAAACUCCCGUUCUGGUGUGGUACGGAGGUCUAAUCGGAUAUAAAUAUGUGCGGUUUCAAAUAUAUCUGCAUUCGUGUAGUUCGGGCCUGAGUUUCUGUUCCUGUCUGUCUGUCUGUCUGUCUGUCUUUGUGGUUUUUUAUGUCUUCCAUCCAAAGGCACGAGUCCAUCAUCAUUAAUCAUUCUGUGAUUUAUCUCCUGACUCAGUUUCUUCAUCUCCUCAUCGUUUGGAUUCAUGAGAUUCUUCUUCUCCCCUUUUCUGCUGAUUUACAACAACAUGAAGCUGCAGAAGUCUUUGUCUGAGUGUUGCUCGGAGAAUGUUUUGCUACCUUACUCAGCAGGCGUAUUUCCUGCUAUUUCAGGGAUCAGACAAACAGCCUGGCCCUGUGUUUUCCCCUGCUGUGGAACAUCAAAUUGCUGUGCAGUAAAGUAAAUUAAAGCCCUGGACCCCCCUGGAAGUUUGCUGUAAUAGUGGAGGAGUAUCAAUGAGUAAUUAAGCUUUGGUCUCUCUCUGCGAACAUCCAGUCUGUUCUCAACAAAUUAAAGGUGUGUGGCAGCUGCAGUUUUUAAUUUAGUGAAGUUACAGAGUUGGUUAGAGGUACUCUUUAUUUCUGGGUCUGCUUUUUCCACUAUACCAUGAUCCUCAGUCACGGUACAGUCUAACCUCUAACCUCUCCAUACCACCGGGUCUCAUCAUCUGUCAGUCUGUCAGAACAAAGACCUUUGUUUGAGAUGAGUCAUGGUUUUGGUCUCUGAGCCGCCCACACUCACAGUCUUCCUAACAGUCACCCACUCCUCCACCUGGUCUCAGAGCAUCAGGAAGGAGCUGCUUCCUUGACUGCUCCAUGAGAGCGGGGCGGAUUUCCUGUGGCCUCUAAAGGAUCCAGAUCACACUGAGAUCACAGGCUCCCAGACCCCGAAGUCCCCACAUUUAUCCAAACAAGUAACAGAGACUGAGCCCGAUUUAGACUCGAGGAGGCCUGCCACCAAAGUUCGUCCCUCAGAGUACCGACUGUGCUUCAUGUCCGUCUCUCAGGGUUUUGGGAUCCUGCUGUCCUUCAGUAGCUGUGUGGGCUCCUCUCCAGCCUCUCUACAUCACAGCUUCAUUAAAUCUCACCCUGAUGAAAGUGUGCUGACUCCGCCCUGUUCAGAUUCAGGUCACACGCUGCAGGCCCAUCAGCUCCUCCUGCGCCCCCGUUACAGUAAAAAGAACUGACUGGACUAUUUUCUCCUGCUUACUUCAUGCCAGUGUGGCUUUGUGUUCACCGCUGCCACGUGCAGCGCCAAAUUACAGCCUGCAGGCAGAUGUGAAGGGGAGGUGCCAAGCAGCACUUAUGGUCCAAGACCUGAUCCCGGCCUAAUCCGCGCACACACCCAGGUCCACAUGCAGCUGAGGGAAGCCUUUGGGAUCUCAGCGCCUCUCUCACAGCUUCUUCCUCCUUUGAUGGUGGCCUUAGUGCUUCAUCAUCGUUUCUCCUUCCAGUACAGUUGCUGCUCGUCCCGCUUUCAUGUUCCUAAUGAUCCCACCAUGCAGCCGCCGCCACAGGGGCGCACUUACUCUCUAAUUCCUGCCUCCUCCUCCUCCUCCUCCUCCUCCUCCUCCUCCUUCUUCUGUUUGUGGGAGUACGAGUGCAGAUAUACAGACUCUUAGUUUUUCAUUUCAACAUGGAAAUCCUUCUUCAAAAUGUGGGUGUGGCCUCUCGCUGCGACUGACUCUAUUCAUAUUCUGAUGUGAUGGUCAUUCAUAUUCCUGUGUGUGUGUGUGUGUGUGUGUGUGUGUGUGUGUGUCCCCUCUUUGUCCUCCGCCCCCCUGUGACCCCUCCCACCGGCCUCUUCUGGAGCAGGGAUAAUUGUGCGCCGGUUCACUCGCCGCCAGGAUCAGGUCAGGCAGCAGCACUAUUGUCACCGAGCAGACAUCUGCUGCGCUGCACUUUUUUUCUGCAGUGACGUCACGUCCUGCGGCGAGGGGGGGGGGGUUCCCUGUUCAGUUCAGCAGUAACUUUAAAUAAGAGUCUCUGCUGAACCAGGACAGUUGUUGUUAUAUAAAUGUGUCUGAAGACUUUAUUUCAUUCAAAUGUCUUUAAACAGCGUUCAUGGUAGCUGCCUCUUUCCUCUUUCCUGUUUCCUGUUUCCUGUUUCCUGUUUCUUCUCUUUGAAAAUGUUUUUAAAUGACGGUUUAGUUUCUGACCUGUUUGAAAAUAAUAAUAAAUAAUAAUAAAAAAAUUUAAAUCACUGCCUUAAUAACAGUCAGAAACUCAGUAUUUUGUCUUUUGUCACUAAAACAAACAGUUUGAUGUAGUAAAGCUAAAACAUCUUCCUCUCCUGUGAUCGAGGCUCGUACAUUGAAGUUUAGAUAAGACAGGAACAUGUUAAACAGCGAGAAGUUCUGAAUCCAGUCUGUUUGAUUAGAUCGUUGACGGUCGUCCACGACCAUGUCCCCUCUGUUCCAGUGGUGAGGGUUUUACUCUGUGAUGAUCUGGAGGUUCCUGUGUCGUCUGGUUUGAAACUGUGUUCAUGAACAUCUGAGCGUGUAAGAAAACUGGACCACCAGAGCAGCAGGUUUAGACUUUAAGGUCUAACAUCCAGAAACUUCUAAGAUCAGAUCCUGGAGCGGCCGUUUUCCUAAAGGUUUGUUGGUGAAGUGCCAACACUUUGGACUUGUGGGAGAGGACUGGUGAAGGGGGCUGCAUGGGCCCGGGUCCAAAACCAUGUGAGAUGGUGCAGAACCCUAAGAGCCAUUAGCUAGCCUAACAUUUACCUACACUGUGGCGUGGACUGCGUUCAUCUGGCCGUCCGUCUCUCCCUCCCAGCUCCUGAUGUGGGUCAGUGUUGGUUCAUUAUCUGCUCCAAGAAACUUCAGACUCAGCAGAGAAUUCAUCUGUGAAGUCGAUUUAAAGAUUUUUAGACAGUUUUUUUUUUUGGACUUGAUACCAAAACAAACUUCAGAAAGAUGCUUCUUUAUUUUCAUCGUCGAGAUGACCUCUACCUCUGAAAUUUGACCUUAAACCCGUUCAGUUUAUCGUCCGGCUGCUCGACUACAGUUUGGAUCGGACUGAGUUCAGACAGGAUCACCUCUGCAGAUGAAUGUCACCUCAGAGUAACGUUAUAUUUUAGGCCCAUGGCUGGUUCCUUAAGAAAAUACAUGUCAGCAUCUGUGAAUGUCAGACAUUCCUCUCUAGUACUCUGAGUGUGUAUAAGUAUCAGAUUAAUGAUAUCACUCAGACGUGGGAGGUUUGGAGGACCCCGACCCGACAGCAGGGAGGCCAUAUUUGCUGUGUUUCUCUACAAUGACCUCAGGCUGUAUUUACCCUGUUGUUGAAGUGAAACAUUAGAGCUGAAAACGCUCCUCUUAGCCUGGUCUGUUAAAAACACGGAGAGUUUAGAGGAUGAUUCUGACUGAACUUGGUCAGGAGUCUGACUGCAGGGUGUUUCCACUCUGGUCGGUUUGGUAAUAAUGUGCUUCAGACUUUCUCCUGUGAUGUUCUACCUGCUCUGAGUCCACAUUAGCCCAGCUGAUGGUGGUCUGAAGUGAGUCUUUAAACCAUUUAAACUUGUUUUAGACUCCUCACAGCGCUCUAUAGACAUUUUAGAGGGGAUUGUGUGACACAAUCACAGCUAUUAGCAGAUGUGGUUUUGGAAAAGACUCCAGAGUAUGUGAGGAUGGAGACAAAGGAAGCUCAUUGGCCGUCUCGUGUCCCGCUGAAAGAGACAGUUGGACUCUUGAUCACUGUACCAGCGUUCUUAAUGAAGGCUGUAAAACUGUUUUGUUGGAGGCCGUCUCACCCUCUCACUCCUUUUCUUCAGUGUGUGGAAUUAGAGAUGACUGUGAUACGAGUCUCUCUCCGUCCACACCCUCCUCUCAGACCAUCAGAGGGAUCGUCUACAUGAUGUGAACAGCUAAUUUAUUGUUCUGGAAACAAGAGGGGGUGAGACUGCAAUAAUAGUUCCCUUUUCCUUUUGUACCAGUGUCUUUGAAUGUCAGACAAUAGACUCCAUGUGAUAAUAGGCACUCCACUUUCAUCCCUCACUAAUCCACCAUGAAUAAUUUUACAUUCUGGGACACUAAUUGUGUUAAUCAGAACUGUGACAGGAACCUGCCCUGCAGGGACUGGGCUUUUCCUCGUGGUCUACUUCUCCGAUGUUAAAAGUUUAGUAGUCGUCUAGUGUGUCCGAGUGUGUCGUGUUAAAUCAGCCGUUUGUGAGAAAAUGAAAGCAGGUCGUCUUUAUCAGCGAUAACAACACCCAACACACGUAACAUAAAGUGAUGUCUGAUGAAUUCAGAUGUUUGAGUUCCUGAACAAAGUCAGAUGUUUGGUAACGACGAUGUUAAUGAAGACGAGCAGCAUGAAGACUGAACAUCAUCUUCAUUCAGUUCAGUUCAGUGUCGACAUUAAAUCUCUGCUGCUGUCCAACAAACGAACUCUGGCUGACUGUUACCAACAUGAGAAACAGUCACUGCACAGCCUGUUGACCUUUGAACCUGCUGCUGUUUUGGGCCGAUUUCAUUGGCCACAGCCGAGCGACUAACUCAGUUUGUCUCUGCGGUGGAGAAAGAUUGUUAGAGGUUCAUUAAAACACCCUAAAGUUCCUCGUCGUGAUCUUAAAGUGGCUGUGAGGUGAAAACAGAGUUUGCUUUGUUACGUUUAGGUUUGAGAUGAUCCGUUUUUUUGACCCUUCCUGCCCUCUGAGUUACUCAAACAUAUGAAGACGCUGUCUUGCCUACAGAUGAAACCUCAUUCCCAUUAAAACCACAUGCUGUUGAUUAAGAUGGCUGCCAUGUGGCCUGGCGGGGAAUCAUCACACUGCUCAGAAGUUUUUUUUAGUCCACCGUCUCCAGAUCCAGAAGUUCCCUGUAACUUUCAUGAUCUAAACUCAGAGCGCGUUCUUGUUCUGUGAAGACUCUGACUCGGUUCUCUUUGUUUUCCAGCUACGCUCUGGCAGAUGAGGCCUACCGUUCACUGAGGGACCAGGACAAGGACCAGUGUAUCCUCAUUACAGGGGAGAGUGGGGCUGGAAAAACUGGUGAGUGUCUGAACACCUGAACUCCUCUCUGAGAGAACAUACAUGUACAUGAACAUACAUCUGACUGUGACUCUGAGAUAUCAGCCCCCAACAAUAACAAGAAAAUAUCUUCAUCCUUCAUCAGAAGACCACAGAGCUGCUGGAUCUCAGGAGGUUCAGAAAUGUACCAUCCAGACUCGACUUGUUUGUAGCUCUGAACAAAAGCUGGUUGAGUGUGUAGUCAUAACUGUUUUUAGAUAAGGGCUGUUUUUAGAAAAGAGACUCAGAUUAAGAUCAGAUCCACCAAAUAAAGGCGGCUUGAUGCCGUCUCCGUGAACAGAACGGGUCGGGACAUGAAGUGUGACAGAAAUGUGGAGUUUCUGCUCGUAUCCAUCAGGUCUUAAACACUUGUAUUGAAGCUCUGAGUGAGAAUGUAAACUGUUGUAGGAGGCCAGACUCGUGUCCCUCUUCUCUUAUUCCUGUUGGUCUUUAUUAUCAUGUGGAACAUACUUUAGACAGAGAGCUCUCGGACUGGAAUUUCCUGCUGUGUUGCAGGUAAAAGUCAUAUUGAGUUGGCAGAGAUUAAACUGGGAAAUCAGCCCCAAUAAACCGUCUUCCUGUCGUCCAGCAGAGACAGAGACGCUCAUUUAUACUCAGGAUUUAACCUCUGAACUGAAGUUUCAUCACCGAUUGAUUCCAGUGUAGUAACUUACCAGCUUCCAUGACGGUUUAUUGAACGUUUAUUAUGAGUCUCCCACAAAGUACCUGACGCUGAAGCAUCACUCCUGCCGCUCUGACCGCCAACACUGACUAAACUAACUCACUGAAUUUAUUCACCAGAGUUUGUGAAAGAAUCACAGUUUUCUGACUUUAUUUCAUAAGUGGAAAUUUAGGGAAAAUAUCUUAUUAAAUUGACUUCCUGUUACAGUCAGUGUUACUGCAGGAGCUUCUUUAUCUUUAUCUUAUCUAUGAGUCUUUUUUUAGUCAAUCAGUCGAUCGUUUUGUUCAGAGAAGUUUUAGAUUUAAAAGAUUUCAUGGAGCCGUUUUACCGCCAUGAGUCUUUGAUUACAUCCUGUUACACAGCGCUACACAACACAGACUAAUGUCACAGAACAUCACAUGACUUGACGCUGCAUCAUAAAACUGAAAUCUAAUCAGACACAGAAAUGUUCUUCUAAAACCUCCUGUUUCUUUGUUUUAUGAUGUUAUUGAACUCUGUGUUGUUUUAAUCUGCGUUACUUUAAACUCAUUUUAAUAAGGGUUUUUUCACACUGUUGUUCUAAACUACGUUAAUUUAAACUGUUAUUUUAAAUUGCGUUAUUUUAAACUAUUAUUUUCCUCUCUUCUGUUUGUUUUUCAUCCGUCUCGCCCUUCUUCAAACUCACAGUCGGUAAUAUUUGAAGCUCUGGUCGUCACAUCGACGGUCUUCGGUUGUAUUCUCUCCGUGUCGUUGGCGAGGUUUGGGUUUUGAUACGGCGGCUGUUGAGGUGAUUCUCCUCCUCUAAGUGACCUCGUCCCACAGCCGUGUUAAAGCCUCACCUGUGAUGCUGUUGGACACCGUCACUCAUCAAGAGCAGCUAGUAUAUAUAAAACUGACCUGAUGAUGACGGUCCGUGGGUCCGUGGGUCCGUGGGUCCGUGGGAAACAGUUCGUCCUAUCAGGUGAUCUGAUUUACCUGCCGCUGCUCCUCCCUCUCCGCCUCCUGUGGAUGUUUGCGACCCCGCUCCAGGAGUGGGUCGGGCCUCGUCUGGGAGAUAAAUCUGGGUUUUGAUGAUCUCGUCACCCUGGAAGCUGCCGAGCAGAAUAAGGCGGUGAAGAGCGUGUCCCGUUGAUACGGGUCGUUGACAUUUAUGUCUCGCUGAAGCUUCGCUCGUGCUCCGUCAUUCUGUGAUUUCUAUAGCAGCGAGGAGCCGUGACAAACAUUAUCACGGGCUGCCAGCGCCGCGGCGUUCAGACAUAACAUAGUUCUAUCUCAGACUGAGCGACUUUGUUUUUCUUCCCACAGAGAUAAAAAUGUGAGGAUUAAGCCGAGCGUUCACCGUCCUCUACCUUUAAAACGGAGGAGCGUGUCUGGAGCUCAUCAGCAGUCAGAGCGAGCGUCUCCUGUCGAGCUCUUCUCUCUCUCUCUCUCCUUGGCACGUCACACAUUAUCAGUUCUGGGUCACCGUCAUCUCCUGGACUGAGGAGAUGAUCCUGAUGCCAGCAGUCGUCCUACAGGACAUGUCGCCUGUUUUCGACGUGUCCCAGUUCUCAUCCAGAAAAUGAUUUCAGGAACACGUUUCCGUCUCCUCAGGUUUCAGCUCGGACAUGAAAAGUGGAUGAACAGGAUCAUCUCUGACAGUCCAGAUAAAGUCAGGAUCCGUCCCGUCAGCACGCUCUCCUCCGGACGCUCAGUUAGGCGGCCAUUUUAUCUGUUUGUACCCCCGACUAAUGAGUGACCCCGCCCUGCUCUGACGGGUGUCGGGGGGGAUUAGGUCACCAGGACGUUUAUGGUGGGAAAUAUGAUGAUGGCGUGGCUCCGCAGUCAUGUCUGCUCAGGCUUUGACCUUAAUAUCAAUCUGUGUGUGUCUGCACGUGUGUGUUCCAGAGGCCAGUAAGCUGGUGAUGUCAUACGUGGCGGCGGUGUGUGGGAAGGGCCAGGAGGUGAAUAAGGUCAAGGAACAGCUGCUGCAGUCCAAUCCUGUGCUGGAGGGUAAGUGAACGCCGUUCUCACUCCUGCUGCUGCUGCUGCUGCUGCGUCUCAGUUCGGGAUCAUUUCAACAUCUGGAUGCUGCAGAGAGACGCUGCCGUCCUGUUCACACACAUUUACAGGAUCUCCAGAUGAGAGAGGCAGCUUUUGGGUGUCAGGAGGACAUUUACACUCUUAGUUAGACGUUCAUGAAGAAACUCGAACGUGUUGAGAAACAUUUAUCAAACCAAGACUCUGUCCCUCCUCUAGACUCUGUGAACUCACACAGAUGAACUUUUCUCUCUGACUCACAAACACUAAAAAAAAAACUUUUUAUUUAACUUUAAAGGAAAUGAAACAAUGAGUCCUGUACUGACUCUACAGCGCCCCCUGUAUUUCACACACUCACACGCUCUCGUUCUCACAGCUCAGCUCAGCUCUGAAACAACUGUAGUUUAAUUGGCCGGUCGACAGGAAAUGCCCGUGAAUGAUGAAGCUGUACGCCUGAGCUGAGGCACAUCUGUAAGAGUUUAACUCCUGAAGGAGAGAGAGAGAGAGGAGCAGAGUGAGCAUGCUCAGUCUGCUCCCCUCUCUCUCCCUCCUGAAGGAGAGAGAGAGAGGGGAGCAGACUGAGCAUGCUCAGUCGGCUCCCCUCUCCCUCCUGAAGGAGAGAGAGAGAGGGGAGCAGAGUGAGCAUGCUCAGUCUGCUCCCCUCUCUCUCCCUCCUGAAGGAGAGAGAGGGGAGCAGAGUGAGAGGAGCUCAGUCUGCUCCCCUCUCCCUCCUGAAGGAGGAGGAGGGGAGCGGAGUGAGAGGAGCUCAGUCUGCUCCCCUCUCCCUCCCUCCUGAAGGAGAGAGAGGGGAGCAGAGUGAGCAUGCUCAGUCUGCUCCCCUCUCUCUCUCUCUCUCCUUCAGGAGGGAGAGAGAGGGGAGCGGAGUGAGCUCCUCUCAGUCUGUCGGCCUGAAGCUCGCUCUCUCUCAGCUUCACUUCUGCUGAUCAUCUUUAUUGGUUCCACUCUUUCCUUUCUAAUCAAUAGAAUUAAAAACUCUAAUUAUCUGUUAUCAGUCCUUCAGCAGUUCUUCUUUGAUUCACGUUAAUAUUGUUCUGAUGUCAGAAUGUGGUCAGACGGGGAAGUCGGCUCUGGAUUAGAAACUAACACUCUAAAUUCACACACACACGUCUGUGAUGUGUUUCUGUUGUCAUGCACUAAUUGCUUCAGUGGACAACACUCGUUCUUAUUCGUCAUCAGAAGGACAGCGGCGGCGAUAUUGGCGCCCUUUUAUUCGUCCGUGUUGUGACAGCGAGGUUCAGGAGAGCUUUGGUUCUCGGCCUAAUCCUCACAGAAUUAAGGGGCUUCAUCGGCACAAACAGCUUUGACACUCGGCCCCUCUGUGAUUGACAGCGAGCCUGAAUGAGACAGAAUGUGACGGAUCAUUUUUAGAUAUUUAUAAACCAGCUUUGAUGGAUCAGCAUGAAUGAUGAAUCGGUUUCUUGUGUUUCUCCUCCUUUACAGCCUUUGGAAACGCCAAAACAGUCAGGAACGACAACUCCUCCAGAUUUGUGAGUAUUCUCUCUGAGCCGAUAAACAGACACUGUUGCUCUAUGAGGUAUAACCUGUAAAUUCACACUCAGACUGGUUUGAUCCAGUGUCUAAUCUCCUAAUCUCAUCCAUAUUUCCUCUUCAGAAUAAACCCCGGAGUAUUUCUUAAUUCCCCACAUUUGGUCCCUCCCUCUUUUUUAUUAUGUCCUCUCAUAUGAAGGUCUGUCUCUGUCUCAGUUUAUCAGCAGGUAUGAAGAUGUUUUAAAAGCUCAUUUUCUAACUCCAGCAGAGAUCCGCUCUACUCUCCAGUGUUGGCUCUAAGAUACAGUCUUUGGAGCGGCUUGAUGGUUGAAGCGAAGGCUCGCUGGUGUUUGUUCACAUAAACUGACUUUAAGCCAACAAAAUGCCAAGGCCAACGUUUCCAGCAGACACGUGUCCUUGGCGAACCGUGCGUGUUGGAGCCCCAUUCAGAGAACAGACCCACUGAAGCGCUGAAAGGAGACAGGAAUCACAUUAUGAGCCCGUAUAUAACAGAACCGGACCCUGUGCCAGCCAACAUUGGGCCUCCAACAGCAGUUAAACAGCACACUUGAUAAACGUGUUCAAUGGUUUUGUAAACGCUCUCUGCGUUCAUCGUAAACGGCGAGGCGUCUGACCUGCUCUGCUCUGUGUGACCACAUACAAACACAGAAGAUUUGCUCUUUAACCACCAGGACAACAUUAAUGACCUCUGUUAUCUGAGGUCAUCUCUCCAUAUGCAGAGUCGAGCUCUUCUUUACGGGUUCAUCUUCAGACCGUUUGUUCCGAUGAUACUGUGGUCAGAAUGAGGAAGCUGAAGACAUCUGAGCUGAUCUCUGAGGGCGACCAAGAUAGCAUCAGAAGAAUGAUUCAGUGUCUGCGAGGUUCCAGACACAAAUCCAGAAGGAGGAGCAGAGACGGGUGUGUUUUACCCUGGAGGGUGUUUUAGUCGUCUCUGGCUCUGCUCUUUCAGGACGGCCUCACGCUGCAGCAGCCGGCUUCAGUUUCAGCCCUUAUUACAUGAUAUUGCAUCAGAGUACUACCUUUGUUCAUGUACUUUGUCGAACAUGAAUGUUUAUUUAGUCAAUCUGUGAGCCGCUUCAGCUGAAGAACUCUCCGGAACAUCUAAAACACGGUCGGUCUGCAGACGUGAGACUGAAGGAACUUUAACACUUUUAAUAACAGCAGCUUUCAGGCUGACCGCCAACGUACGCUCACAGUUUUUGAUUUCCCUUUCCUGCCGUAUUUAACCAUCUAAACACACGCCAGAGCGCAGACUUCCUGCUGUAACUGGGAACAUUAUAGAGGAUAUUUGUGUUUCAGUAACAGCAGAUAUUCACCCCUCAGACCUGUCAGCUUUACAGAGACGUAUGAACCGCAGCAUCACUCCUCUGUUAUAAGAGUAUCUGAGCGGCGGCCCACUCACCGCUCCGCUCAGCUGUUCUGGAGGACCCGUCUGCUAUUAAUACACCAGAGAGGGAAAAUGAAACACACAGGACUCUGUGUUCUACCGUCCAAGACCGAGAGGGAAGGAAGGAGCGGAGCCUCGAUCGGUUUGUUUGAGUUUUCAGUUAUUUCAGGUUCUGAUGAGCCGGCAGAGUUCUGCAGUGACCCGAACGAUUCUGCUCUGAGGUCUGUGAACUCAGCUGAACCCACCAGCUGAACCUGAAUCAGAAUCUCUUUAUUGUCCUGUAAAGGGAAAUUAGAUUUGCAGCAGGGCUCACAAAAGACGAGUACACAAUGACAACAUAAACACAACAACGAUAUCAGAAACACACAAAACCACCGAACAUUCAGUCCAGAGAUCAAACCAAAAAUAAAGAAAAACUACCAAGUAAUUAAAAGUGAAAAUGAGUAAUAAUAGUGUAAGACGACAUGAGCAGCCUGAGGGUCGACUGCUCUUCAAUAAAUAAAUAAAAGAGAGCGGAGAUCUUUAGUCCUCCUCACAGGGGCCCUAAAACGGCGGCCUGAAGGUCAACGCUCAAACUCGACCCAGAAGGACAUUAGCCUUAUAGAGAGACAAAACCCCGGCCUGCUGAUCUCCAGAGAACCAAGACGGUUCUUAUUGGACAGGUUCAGGUCUCAGAACCAGACCACAAUACAACAAGAUAAAACUGCUGAGUCAUGGUCUCAUCAGAAACACGCUGUUCUUCAGGUCACAGAGUCGUCUUCUCUUGUGUUUCCAUCCACAGGGGAAGUACAUGGACAUCGAGUUUGACUUCAAAGGAGAUCCUCUGGGGGGCGUCAUCAGCAACUGUGAGUAAUACUGAGACCUGGAUGUAACUAACAACACCUCCUCUCUCCUCCGAGCAGCAUCACUGAACGUGUCCGUCAUCUAAAGACCGUGUUGAUAACAUGUCGUUGAAUAUUUCUUGAAUAAAAAGUCGAUCGGUUCUGAUUUAGUCUGAUGAAGACUGUAAAGUGUCUCAUCUGGACUCCUCACACUGACUCCUCAGAGGUCAGAGGUCACAGAAACAAAGAGGGAAGCUGAUGGUUCAGACACAGAUGAAGCUCUGUCUGUUGGACUCAGUUAGUCCAGUGAGGCGGACCCACUGACAUGUGACUGCCUCAGACAGAGCGGUCUAGACAGAUGGAUGAGGAUGCUCUUACAGGGCGAACCAGGAUAGAUUUUUCUUCAGCCCUCAGUUUAUUAUCUAACCCUGACGUAUGUCCUCACAGCCCUCAGCGCUGAGGACAGCCGAGGUCGGAUCUGUCAGCGCUUCAUUUUUUCUGUUUUCAGCCAAUCAGCCGAAUUCUCCUUAAAAACAGGAAAUUGUCCCCGUUAUAUUUAUAACCGUUAUAUUACUGCUUUAAUGUGUUUGUUUAUCGAAGGAGAGGAGAGAGCGUGCAACAAGCGCUCUUUAAAAUGCUGUACAGAAACACGGGAAGCUCUGGCUUUAAAAAGCAAUAAUAAGAUGACAUAAAUGUUUGGAGGAACACGAUGUGAAAAGGUCACUUCAGUCCCUGCAGGACGAGGAUAUUGAGAGACUCUGAAAGCAGAAAUAUAUGAAACUCUGCAGCAGUGGAGGAAGCAGCGUCUCUCUGCGUCUUUGAGCUCAGCUCAGGAUCACUGCUGCCAGCCGCUCACUCAUGGAUGUUGGAUUAUUGAUAUGCUGCCUUUUAUUGAAUCACUUAUGUGAUUUGUUGCCAGUGGGGGUCAUAGAUUCUCAUUGGGCCUGAUCCACAGCUAACUCUGACAACUCUGUGCAGAGAGGUGUUCGCUCUGUUCUCACAGCUGCAGAGCAAAGUGGCGUUUCUCUGCUCUCAGCCGCCGCAGACCGCUGAGUCAGACUUUGUCAUGUCUGAGAGCUGAAAAGGCCACGAGACGUCUUUUUUCUUUUCCUCUUGAAUUUCUUUCAGCGGUAAAUUUGUGAAAGGUAAAAAUGUUUGUGCACAAAAAUAGAAAAGAUGUUUCUUAGCAGUCGAACUGAAGCUGUUAUUGGGUCAGAGAGGAGGAGGAGGAGGAUCUCAAACAUCCACAGACGCUGAGCUCUGCAGUCGGCCUUUAAUUAAAUCAUACUCAGCCUAAUGCGGUGAGCAGAUGAUGGCUCCCCUUUUAAUCAGGUACUGUUGCACUUGGUCUGCAGCCCAGAAGAAAGGGCUGACGGCUGGUAUCCUGGUCCGGGUUCUUCUUCCUCUGCUGUGUUUUUUACACAUAAAUAACUCUUAGUGGGCUCGGUCACCAUGGCAGCUUCCACACACACAAUCAGAGGAACCAGAGAGACACACACACACACACACACACACACAUGUUGGAUGUCCUUAUGGUGGGUCAGUCCCAGUAGCUGAAGAAACCCCUCCUCUGAGCUCUGAUCACUCACUGCCUCGUGUCGUUGGUUGUCUCGUCCUCUUUCAGAUCUUCUGGAGAAGUCACGUGUGGUCAAACAGCCCAGAGGAGAGAGGAACUUCCACAUCUUCUAUCAGCUUCUGUCUGGAGCCUCAGAAGACACUCUCAGUAAGUGGUAAACAUGCUGCAAACAGGAUCUCAGUGGAAGCUUCAGAUUUUUUCAUUGUUUAGAAAAUCCAGUUUGGUUUACGACAUCUAAAGGACUCAGUUUGGAAUAAUGUCCCAGAAUAGACAGGAAGUGAUGAAUCAACCUCGCUGAAGCAGAAACGACGUGAACUCUCAUAUUCAGUCUUUCCUUUACUGUUGUGCGGACUAACCACGGUGCCGCUCCCUCGACUAAACAUUAGGUUUCUAUUUCCCGGAAGGAUUGCAGCUGCUGCGACACACGGCUGCUGCAUUAAUGAGCCAAUCUUCCUGCCUGACAAACAGAACAAAGAGCUGCUCCCUCUGUUUGCUUCUCUGCGGGCAGAGGGCAUUGUUUUUAUGUCCUGAACACAGGAGAACCAUAUAAUGGUCAUUGACUCCAGAGCACGCACAUCAGAGCGGCGUGAUUCAGCUGCAGCUAAUGCAGCCGCUAAUGAAAUCUGACACACGUGACCACAAGAGGAAUGGAUUUCUUUGUUAGCAGAGAGGCGGCGCUCUGAUCAGACAACAUGCUGCAGAGGGAGACACUCACAUGUAGGUGAUGAUGUUGAUGUUGGAGAGGAUCUGCUGCUCAAAUGUAAAAGCAUCAGUUUGAACUUCUGCAGCUCUGAGGCUUUAUUUUCUUUUUUGAGUCAGUCUUGAAGAGACUGUUUGUAGUUUCCUCUUUAUUAGCUGUGAGUUUGUAACGUUUAUUUGAUGUAAAUAAGUCCGUUAGUCAUCCUGCUGUAAACAACCUCAUGGUUUCUGUGUCACAGAGAAACUGAAGCUGGAUCGAGAUUUCAGCAAAUACAACUACCUGAGCCUGGACUCUGCAGCUGUCAACGGGCUGGACGACGCCGCCAACUUCAGGACAGUCAGAGUAAGGAGAGCGCACACACGUGCACACGCACAGACACACACGUGCACACGCACAGACACACACGUGCACAAGCACAGACACACACAUAUUCUUCCUCUCCAGAGUUUGAUCACUUUUAGUUUUGUUUCUUAUUCUGGAUGAAUUUCUCUGAUGAUCGUGAAAAUAAUCUUGUUUUCUAAAAAAUGUCCAAAACUAUAAACGGACGGUUACAAAAACACCCACGCUCAUCUCAGACAGGACGUGUGGACAGUUGUGGAUGUGGAUCCUGAGGGUCUGAUGUUUCCUUAUCAUCGGUACAAACUUUACAAGUAAAGAUCAAAAAUCCUCCUGUAGUCAGACUCACUCUGACCUGUUUCUAAACCGGGUCAACGUAGAGCCGAGCCGGACCUUCAGAGUGAAUCCAGCCUGAAGUAGUGGCUGUUCAGACUAUCAGACCAAAGUUUAAAGUUGGUUCACCCUGAACCUGAACAGUAGCAGACGUUUGGGGAAACACCGCUGCUUCCUGCUGAAUGAAGAGUCACGGAGCCUCGUGUUGUUCCCAUGGAGACCGGCUCACAGGUUGGACUUCUAUAUCAAACGAGUCCAGAUCUGCUGACGUGUUCUUAGUCCUGCUCCAGCAUGCUGCCCUCAGAUACGUCCUCAGUCUGAUGUUACACAGUCCACUUGUUUCCUUGCUUCCUUGUUUCCUACAUCCUGCUUCUCAUCACCUCUCACACAGAGUUUUCACAGUAUUCCCCACACAGCUGCGUUUCACCACAGGAAGCACCAGUGGACAUUCCCACUGAACAAUGAGUCCGACCACAUGUCCCGUCUGCUGUAUCUGACCGUGCUUUUGUCCCUGAAACACGGCGUCACUCUAAUCUGAAAAUAACACAGUUCACAGGUACACACGCCGCCACCGUCAUGAAGAGCUGUUAUUUUUACCAACACCGUCAUUUCAUGAGGUGGACGUCAUCACUCGUCUCUUUUUCAGCUCCUCAAAGUUCUGAAAGUAAAACGCAGUGAGACUCUGUGUUCGAUGACUUUUAUCCAGGUUCUUGUUCUUCAUUGUUGAGAAUCAAACAACACAAAGUGACACACAUUAAACUGGUCUUUUUCUAAACGAACCACAAACUGGUAAAGUCAGUCAUGGAGGAGUCUGUCCACAGAUGGAGCCUGUGGAGCCUUCUCUUCUUCUUCUUCUUCUGUCAGAUUUAGUCCCAGGAUUGUUGACAAAAAGCGACAAUAGUGUUAAAAUAGGUCUGAGCUGAUGUCAUAUUACAGGAGGCUUCCUGCUCCUGCUCGAACCCCGUGUCUGUUUCAUGAUGAUGUUGAAUCAGCUGAUCAGUGACCCGCUCCCUCUCUCCAGAACGCCAUGCAGAUCGUGGGCUUCAUGGAGGACGAGGUCCAGUCGGUGCUGGAGCUGGUGGCAGCUGUGCUGAAGCUGGGCAACAUCGAGUUCAAGCCAGAGUCCCGCUGCAACGGCACCGACGAGAGCCGCAUCAAGGACAAAAACGGUGAGGAGGGCGGGGGGACAGAGGGGACAGAGGGGACAGAGAGGACAGAGGGGACAGAGGAGACAGAGGGGACAGAGAGGACAGAGGAGACAGAGGGGACAGAGGGGACGAAGACGAGAGCCGCAUCAAGGACAAAAACGGUGAGGAGGGCGGGGGGACAGAGGGGACAGAGGGGACAGAGAGGACGAGGAGACAGAGGGGACAGAGGGGACGAAGACGAGAGCCGCAUCAAGGACAAAAACGGUGAGGAGGGCGGGGUGGAAACCUGACGUUAGGGGACAGAGGGGACAGAGGGGACAGAGAGGAUAGAGAGGACAGAGGGGACAGAGGGGACAGAGGGGACGAAGACAGAGGGGAUGAGGACAGAGACCAGAGCCGCAUCAAGGACAAAAACGGUGAGGAGGGCGGGAUGAGAACCUGACGUUAGGAGACAGAGGGGACGGAGGGGAUAGAGAGGACAGAGGGGACGAGGACAGAGGGGACGAGGACAGAGGGGACGAGGACGAAGACGAGAGCCGCAUCAAGGACAAAAACGGUGAGGAGGGCGGGGGGACAGAGGGGACAGAGGGGACAGAGAGGACAGAGGGGACAGAGGGGACAGAGGAGACAGAGGGGACAGAGAGGACAGAGGGGACAGAGGGGACAGAGGGGACGAAGACGAGGACGAGAGCCGCAUCAAGAACAAAAACGGUGAGGAGGGCAGGGGGACAGAGGGGGCAGAGAGGACAGAGGGGACAGAGGAGACAGAGGAGACAGAGAGGAUAGAGGGGACAGAGGGGACAGAGGAGACAGAGGGGACAGAGAGGACAGAGGGGACGAGGACGAAGACGAGAGCCGCAUCAAGGACAAGAACGGUGAGGAGGGCGGGGGGACAGAGGGGACAGAGGAGACAGAGGAGACAGAGGGGACAGAGGGGACGAAGACGAAGACGAGAGCCGCAUCAAGGACAAGAACGGUGAGGAGGGCGGGGUGGAAACCUGACGUUAGGAGACAGAGGGGACAGAGGAGACAGAGGAGGCAGAGGAGGCAGAGGGGACAGAGGGGACAGAGGAGACAGAGGAGACAGAGGGGACGAGGACGAAGACGAGAGCCGCAUCAAGGACAAGAACGGUGAGGAGGGCGGGGUGGAAACCUGACGUUAGGAGACAGAGGGGACAGAGAGGAGACAGAGGGGACAGAGAGGAGACAGAGGGGACGAGGACGAAGACGAGAGCCGCAUCAAGGACAAGAACGGUGAGGAGGGCGGGGUGGAAACCUGACGUUAGGAGACAGAGGGGACAGAGGAGACAGAGGGGACAGAGGAGACAGAGGACGAAGACGCUGCCUGGACCGUCUCACUCUGUUUUAUAAAAGGGAGACGUUUCACUCAGCUGUUCAGUGUUUUGGUUUGAUAAUACACUGUAAACACUUUUCCACUCAGACCAGUGUCCUGAGUGGGCCUGAUGGGGAGCCACUGCCCCCUCUUGGCUGCUCCUCUGCAGUCACUCCGACCAAAUACUUAUUAGUAUCUCAUGAUUUGAUGAUAAGAGUGUUUGUGUUAUCGCUCCCACAGACACUCUCUCUGGAGAAGUGGCUCAUUUGCAUAUUUAACUCUGUGGCAGCGGCGUGACUCAUCACAGCGCCUCCUGCUGAGGAAGACGUGUUUUCUCUGUGUUUAUCACAUCUUUAUUCGGCUUUAUUGCUGUUUAUUGCAACAUUUCUCAUGUUUGUAUUUGUUCCUCCAGGUCUUUCUAAAAUCAUUGAUAUUCAAUGAUCUUUUCAGACUGAAGUUUGAGCUUCCAUCUCUGCUCUUAACUGAUUCUUUGUUUGAUUGAUCCAGAGAGAUGAAUGUAUGAAGUCAGUUCCCUUUACUCAGACUUAAAUAUUGAUAAAGGAUGAGGUCAAACUGUUGAUUAUCUCUCUCUCCCUCCUGAAGUCUCGGGUAGAUCGUCUGUUUUCAUGUGUUGCAGACCUGAAGGAGAUGUGUGAGCUGCUGGGGAUCGAACAGUCAGUCCUGGAGAGAGCCUUCAGCUACCGCACCGUGGAGGCCAAGCUGGAGAAGGUGUCCACCACCCUGAACGUGGCCCAGGUCAGAGGGACAGAAUCUGUCUCAGACCAGUUUAACUGUGCAUCUCAGUGCUUCCUGCAGUACCAUGAAAACACACACACACACACACACACACACACACACACACACACACACACACACACACACACACACACAGAGUCAGGGGCGAUUCUUCCCCCUCACUUGCUCCUCGGUCAGCUCCCCUCCUCCCCUCCUCCCCUCCUCCCCUCCAUGUCUACAUGAAACCCUCUCCAUUAUAGAUAAGCUGAACUCCUCCUGGAUAUUGAAAUCUGGGUCAUGUUGUCGAGGUUACUGAGUUCAUGUAGACGGAGAAUGAAGCUGAAAACCUUCGCCCUUUUGCUCGUUCUGUUUCCUCUGAAUUACAGAGUUAACCUCACAGAGUCGACCCGUGUCCGUGUCCAGGACUGAUUCUGUUCCUGUAUUUUCUCACUGAAGCACAUCAGUGAGGGUUUUCCUCCUCUCUUACUUGUUUGACCUGCUCAGUCGAUCGGUCGUCUAUCAGAGAUUCUUCAUAGACUGAAAUUUUGGAUCCGUAAAGAUGUGAUGGAUUUGUGUGUCGUCCGUUUGCUGCUUCAGGGGGACUAAUGCGUCUUUAUCUGCAGGCGUACUACGCCAGAGACGCUCUUGCCAAAAACCUCUACAGCCGCUUGUUCAGCUGGCUGGUGACCAGGAUCAAUGAGAGCAUCAAGGUAAGUGAUUUUAAGAUCAUCAGAUAUUCACGUCUUGUUGAAAGUUGCUGCUUAUGUAGUUUUCAUAUUUUAUACUUUAUGAUUAUUCAGACUGGCGUUAAAUCUCUGUCCCGCUGAGUUUCUAAUACUGACAGUAUUGUUCCCCCCCCCCGCAGGCUCAAACUAAAACUCGCCACAAGGUCAUGGGCGUGCUCGACAUCUAUGGCUUUGAGAUAUUCGAGGUAAGACAAACU